CAUUAGCAGUAAAAUAGGAGGAGAGUGACCUCUGGUGUUCAGAGGAGGAACUGCAUCCUGCAGAGAAGUUCCUGGUUUAUCAGUGAAGCAGGAAGAGAAGCAGAGUUAGAAACCAUCAGCAGCUCAGGAUGAAGGUCUGUCUCACUCUGAUCUGCCUCUUCUUCCUCACAGCUCUGCAGGAUGGAGACGCUGCAGAAACUUAUGCAAGAAUGGAAGGAGAAAACAUCAGAGUUGAAUGUAAAUUUAAGGACCCCCAAAACCCGAUAUUCUUCUGUAAGGAAAACUGUGAAGGAGAAAAUAUUCUGAUUAACACAACAGAAGACAGCACUAAGAAAGGCAGAUACAGCACUUUCUAUGAAACAAAUUAUACUUCAGCUGUUCUCCAUGUGAGCAUCUUAGAGCUGAAACGAUCUGACUCAGGACGGUACCGAUGUGGUUUUGGUAAAGACCGAUCUCAAGAUUAUGUAUUUUAUCUGGAUGUGACUGAAGCUACAACUUCAUCUUCUUCUUACUCUUCAUCUACAACCAUCCAACAGACCACAACAUUAUCUGAACCCAAUGGUGAAACAUUUCCGCUGCUUUAUCUGGGUCUGGGUCUGGCCGUCCUGAUCGUCUUGUUAGCGACGGUUCUGCUGAUUUACUGCCAGAGGAAACGCUUCCAUCAACAGAAAGGUCGUCCAGCAGAAACAAAUCCCACUGAUUUAAAGAUCAACACCAUUUAUGAGGAGAUCAGAGAGGAGGACAGAGAGAACAAACCUCCUGCUGGGGAAAUAUCUUCAGUUUAUGUUUUCGUCCAACCUGACAAACCAAACGCAGCUGAAAGCAUCGAAAUAUACAGCCUGGCCAGCAAACCGCAGGGGCAAGCUAAAGAUGGAGAAGCAGAGUAUUCUGAAGUGCAGUUGUUGAACGAUGACACCGGAUCCAACGGCGGCCAUCUUGGUGUCUCAGAUAACGUCACCUUCUCAGAACCUCAGUUAGAUAUGAGCUCAGGUAGCCACGGCAACAGUUCAAAUCCUCUUUAUUCCAGCAUUACUUUAGAACAAGAGCUUUGCUGAUAUGGACUCAGCAACAGAGACGUAACCAAAAUCAGUAAAUAUGAGGCUUAUUGGAGCUACUCAUUUAUUACAGCUGGAAACGAGAGAUCAGGCCUGGAAUCUGGAUGUAAUGAUGGACUGAACCUUCGAAAACACAUAAAGACAGUUACAAAGUCGGUCUUUUAUAACCUGAACAACAUUCCCAGGAUUAAAGGACUAAAAUCCCAGCAGGAUCUAAAGAAACUCAUCCAUAUGUUUAUUCUGAGUCACAUUGAUUAGUGCAACCGUGUUCCCACGGGUCUGCCUAAGAAAUUAAUCAGAUCCAGAACCGCUGCUGCUGGAGUUCUGCUCAUGUGAUGCUUCAGCUGCAGCUCUGCCAAAUGACAUGGAUCCUCAAUGUUGUCAAAAUAAACUGAUAAUUAGAUAAAAACACAAAACAUGUCAGGUUUAAGUAGAAAUGAGUUAAAAUGCAAAACAAUUGAGGGAAAUGAAAGACAAAUAUUUGAUAAAUAUUUCCCUUUACAGUGUUUCAGCUCUAGAAGAAGAAUAAAAACUAAACUAAAUAAAACAUUGGAGACUGUAGCAUAAACACAGAAAACACAGGAGAGAUUGAAGGUCAGACAGAAUAAAAGCUGAUCAACCCAGAGAGAAGAAAUCAGAAAAGAGGAGAGACAGAAUAAAUCAUCUUCAUUCCUGAACUAAACUCUGAAACAAUCAGAGUUCAAAGUACAAAUAAAGAAAAUUUAGUCUCAUGUUUUUGUAAGAAAAUAACCAAAA